AUGAUAUUUCUCAUUCUUGGUGUUCUAACCCUACUGUAUUUAUUUCAUCUAUUCUACUGGAAAAGAAGAAAUUUGCCACCAGGCCCUCUACCCCUUCCUCUGCUUGGAAAUCUUCAUUUGUUCACUGAGGACGUCAAACCAGGAUACAAAUUAUGGGAAAAGUUGAGAUCGCAAUACGGACCGGUGUACACAUUUUGGAUGUCCUCCCUUCCCAUGGUUUUAGUGACCGACUGGAAAUUAAUCAAGCAACAUUUUAUUAAGGAUGGAGCGAACUUUGUGGGAAGACCAGAGUUUCCAAUUAAUAUGGAAAUCAGGAAAGGACCCUACGGUAUAAUUGAUUCUUUUGGAAAUCGAUGGGUCCAGCAAAGAAGAUAUGCUAUUCAUAUUCUAAGAGAUUUUGGAUUGGGGAAGAACUUGAUGGAGGAGAAAGUUCUGAGUGAAGUGGUUGCGAUGAUUGAAAGAUUGAAAGGAAUGAAGGAUGAUGUGGAUAUGCAGAGUAUUUUCGAUGCAUCUGUCGGGUCGAUUAUCAAUAAUUUAAUGUUUGGAUAUCGGUUUGAUGAGAGUAACAUGCAUGAGUUCCUGGAACUCAAGAAGCGAAUGAAUAAACAUUUCAAAAUGGCAGCGGAGCCAAUGGCAGGACUUGUUGGAAUGUAUCCAUGGCUAGGAAAUUUUCCGUUUUUCAAGCCGUAUAAGACAGUAAUUGUCGAUAACUGGACAAGUAUGCUGAAAAUGUUCCGCGAGCAAGCAGAAGAGAAAUUGGCGACGAUUGACUAUGAUUCAGAUGAAUAUUCGGAUUAUGUUGAGGCAUUUCUCAAAGAGAGAAAGAAACACGAACAUGAGGAGGGAUUCGGGGGGUUCGAAAUGGAACAACUGGAUAGUGUGUGUUUUGAUCUAUGGGUGGCUGGAAUGGAAACAACUUCAAAUACUCUCUAUUGGUCACUUUUAUAUGUUCUUCUAAAUCCAAAAGUACUCGAGAAAGUAUAUGAAGAAUUGGAUACAAAGAUUGGAAGCGAUCGGAUUAUUACAACUACAGAUCGACCGAAUCUCAAUUAUAUCAAUGCUACUAUUAAUGAAACCCAACGUCUUGCCAACCUUCUUCCAAUGAAUCUCCCCCACGCAACGAGCGCCGACGUGGUUAUCGCUGGCUACAGUAUCCCCAAAGAUACAGUAAUCAUUCCACAAAUCAGUUCAGUUAUGUAUGAUCCUGAGAUAUUCCCAGAACCAUAUGAAUUCCGACCCGAGAGAUUUUUGGAGAGUGAUGGAAGUCUCAAGAAAGUGGAAGAACUCGUCCCAUUCUCAAUCGGAAAACGACAAUGUCUUGGAGAAGGACUCGCUCGAAUGGAAUUAUUCUUGUUCUUUUCCAAUUUAUUCAACAAAUUUCAUAUUCAAUUUCACGAGUCUAAUCCGAGUCCGAGUGUGAAGAAAGAAAUGGGAAUUACCAUGAAAGCGACCGGAUUUAGAGUUACGAUGAAGGGGAGAAAUUGA